UGUAUCGAUGGUCAGCUAUUAAUACUUUCCCGUUGUUAGUGCUACACGGAGUGGCAGACCGGCAACGCGAUAACGAAUAUAUACUGUUUUUUACUCGUUCGCGUACCUAAAGUUUUUAAAAGACGAUCGAUUUCAUCUCCUCGAAUCGUUUUAACAAAAAGAAACAAGAAAAAUAACAACAAUUACGAAAGAGCCAUAUACGUAAAUACGUAAAUACAUACGUAAAUACAUAAAUAAAUAAAUAACAUACAUACAUAGAUAGAUACAUAGAUAGGAGGGUGGUAUCGAUUAUAGAAAGAACAUGAGCCAUUCAACAUACGUUUUUCUUCUUUUACUUUUUCUCGUUACUAUUUUCGUUGGUGAGGCGUAUCGAUACGCAGAAUGUCAACGGCAACCAAACGACGAAAUCAUAUGGGAAUACGACGUACGCAGACCAUACAGACUCGGUAUCAAUCAGGAAGUAGAAGCAGAAUAUGGACCAACAAUGGCUAUCAUCACUUGCAUAGUGAUCGAUUCAUUAUCCGACGAAGAUAACGGUGCUGUAUGGAUAACGGCUGGCGGUUUAGGUCAAAAUUUUGUCAAACUUAAAUUUAGAUCGAAAUACUCGAGAGGUCUUCGUUACAAAGUCUUUGUGUAUGGUCAAUCUAUGCUAAAACAGGGAUCGUGAAUCAUAAUAUUUCUUUCGAAUCAUAUAUAAUUUUCAUUUGCUUGAUUUAACCUACGUACCUACGAACAAAGACGUAUAUAUAAUUUUUUUUAUACACAUACACACACACACACGCACACACACACACAUAUAUAUAUAUAGUCACCAAUAAGAUAUAAAAAAAUUUAAUUGAA